UUUCAAAAAGAGCGCGGUCGCGUUCGCACGUACCGAUUCCAAUUUUGUGUUAUUAUUUAUUACUCUUAUUUUUUUUUUUUUGUUAUUUUUAUAUUAGUGAACCAAGUGCCUUACAAUGACAGUGAAUAAGACAACUUCCAAAACUAAAAAAAAGAGUACAGUGUCGAAUUCGGCCAGUUCGACCUCAGUGGCCAGCACAUCCAAAACUACGAAAUCAACAAAAACGUCAAAAGUGGUGGGUUCGAGUUCGACUUCGGUUGAAUAUUCGCAAAAUGUGGGAGAUUUAUCGAAGGCAUCGUCUUCGUCCAGUCUGCAAAUAUCCGACAUUUCCCAUUUACCGGUAGAUGCAAAUGUGGUCACUUACACCGUAACGGAGACCUUACCUACCGGUAGUGGCGAAAAAAUCACAGUUUAUGAUGAAUCUGGAGGAACGAGUACGGAAUAUCGCCAUUUCGUGGCAAGGGAUUCGGCGUCUAAACAAUCAUCGAACGCCAACAUCACCCAAAUUAGCUCUAUCUUAAAUCGUUCCACGUCGAAUGUAUCUCAAGAAUCGGGCUCAACUUACACUGUGACUGAACCGAGGGAAGAAAUGAAAUUAACAUACAAUAAAAACGAUUCAGGAUGGAAUGGUAAGUUUGUUUACGAGCAGCCUGCGGGCAGAAAAAAUCAGCUUGUGAGUCGUGAUCAUGGUACUAUUGUGGAACAGUCGUCAACAUCGGAUUCCCAUGAAGAACGAUCGUCUUCAGUUAAAAGUUCCUCCAGUAGUUACGUUAUUGAAGUGGUGGAUGGUAAAGAACGAAUCGUUGAUCAGAAACAUCAUGAAUCCGCCAGCGCAGCGUCCGAAGUCAACAAAGAACACUUGUCGAUGAAAGCAGGUACUAAUAUUACCCCUGAAAUACACUAUAAACAAGAAGCUAAAGAAAGUUCCACUAAGUAUGACUCGGCUAUACCCGAAUACCAGAAGCCGAAAACCCAAUCAUCAGAAGCGGUAAGAGAAAUACACCAAGUGGGGGAUGUACACUCGUCCAGCUCUCACGUCACGAAGGACAGUUCUAAGGCUAUUCGUGACAGUCGCGACAAAAAAGGUAGAGAUUCACACACUGCUCUACAAGAUAGUCAUGACAGUCAUGACAAGAAGUCAAGCAAAAUUAGAACUGACACUAACUGGGAUGGUUCCUUUAUUGUUGAGAAGUCGAACAACGCAAAAAAGACCAGAAAAGGAGCUACUGAUUCACGGGAUUUUUACGGUACUAGUACGAGCAGAAGCGAUUCAAAAACGUCCGAUCAUCUUAGAAAAAGUUCAAAGACUGGAGGAGUCACCACCACCACCACUACAUACUAUGAUUCAAAGGGUAACGUAAUUAGGACUGUCUCUGAAGAUAUUCCUAUCUCGGAAACAGUUAAUGUAUCCGAUUCUGCGAAUACUUACGUCACCGAUGAAACAAUUUCAACCACUUUUGUAGACAACAUUGCUUCCUCUUCAACCACAAAUCAGUCGAAUGUAAAAACGACUCAUUCGUCCAAUUUGGUUGACCGAAAAGACCUAGUUUCAACUACAGACUCCACUGAUAAUCGUUUCCUCGUAGACAAAACUUACCAGACAGACGAAAACUACACCAACACUUCGAAAUUUCGCAAUAGUCAAAUGUCCAGCGAUUCGAAAAAUUUUUUUGAUCAUGGAACCGUCAGAAAUGUUUACGAUGACAAAGCAGUUGUGGACAACCUUGCUUCCUCUUCAACCACAAAUCAGUCGAAUGUGAAAACGACUCAUUCGUCCAAUUUGGUUGACCGAAAAGACCAAGUUUCAACAGAUAAUCGUUUCCUCGUAGACGAAAAUUACACUAACACUUCGAAAUUUCGCAAUAGUCAAAUGACCAGUGAUUCUAAAAAUUUUUUUGGUCAUGGAACCGACUCAUCAAAGACAGUCGUUAGAAAUGUUUACGAUGACAAAGCGGUUCAGAACACAAUCGGUACAAAAGGAAGAGUAAUAAAGGAUAACAUAAUCGAUUCGACUGAUGUAAUUUAUUCGAACGAUCGUAACUACGGAAAAACGGGUUGGAACGGCAAAUUUACUUACGAAACACCGACUAAGCCUAAAAGAGACGAACCGGGGAAAAAACGGACACCGUCGCCGUCGAAACAGCCGGGCGCGAAGCCGCGGGACGAGAAAAAGCCGACAACGCAAAAACCGGGAGCGAGUCCGAAGGGAAAAACGACAAAAAACGUGCAGGAUUUUUUAUCAACUGAGGUUAGUGAAAAUAUUAACCAAUUCACCGAUACAGACACAAUCAUUGACCGCAAAAAUUUUACUACUAAAGAUUCUAAGAUUUUUGUGGACAAUCAGUCGGUUGAUUCGUAUCAAGUUCGAGAUUUAGCUGCUGGACCUGGAAAGUAUCCUCGAGGCCCCGAUUUUCCAAACGAAUCUAUUACAACUGAAUUUUAUGAAACUUUUACUGACAAAAAAGACAAUGUUGACGUACUGAAUCAAACAUUUACAAUUAAAGAAACAACUACGAAAGAUCGCGAUAGACCCAGAUUAAAAGACUCCAGACUUCCUGACUCCGUGACUUACACAGACAGUUUCGAAAAUUUUGAAACCAUCUCCGAUUCGAAAACUAUAAUCAAAUCGGACUCGAAGACGUUUGUUGACAAAAAGAGUUUCGAAGAACAUUAUGUAAUAACAGAUAAUUAUGAAGAUACAAAUACACGAAGAAUUACAGACGAUGUAAAGACUGUCAGAGGUAAACCUGGAAGGACUGACGAUUUUCCAAAACAGAGUCCAAAAACCACAGUGAAGACAAUUGACGAUGGUACACUUGGAACUGAACCAAGAGAUCGCGAUAGACCCAGAUUAAAGGACUCCAGACUUCCUGACUCCGUGACUUACACAGACAGUUUCGAAAAUUUUGAAACCACCUCCGAUUCGAAAACCAUAAUCAAAUCGGACUCGAAAACGUUUGUUGACAAAAAGAGUUUCGAAGAACAUUAUGUGAUAACAGAUAAUUAUGAAGAUACAAAUACACGAAGAAUUAAAGACGAUGUAAAGACUGUGAGAGGUAAGCCUGGAAGGACUGACGAUUUUCCAAAACAGACUUCAAAAACCCCAGUGAAGACAAUUGACGAUGGUACGCUUGGAACUGAACCAAGAGAUCGCGAUAGACCCAGAUUGAAAGACUCCAGACUGCCUGACUCUGUGACUUAUACAGACAGUUUCGAAAAUUUUGAAACCAUCUCCGAUUCGAAAACUAUAAUCAAAUCGGACUCAAAAACGUUCGUUGACAAAAAGAGUUUCGAGGAACAUUAUGUAGUAACAGAUAAUUAUGAAGAUACAAAUAUAAGAAGAAUUACAGACGAUGUAAAAACUAUCAGAGGUAAGCCUGGAAGGACCGACGAUUUUCCAAAACCGACUUCAAAAACGACAGUGAAGACAAUAGAUGAUGUUAAGAAAACGGACAAGUUGACAAGCACAAGUACGACAGAAGAUAUUAGUGUGAAAAAUUUUACCGACAAGAAAUACGUAACUACAGAUGUUACGGAUAUCGUAAGCAAAAAGACAAUAGACGAAGUCGAUAAAGUUUACAUUAAAGAAAAUAUUGUCGAUGUCAAAACCAUAGACGAGGUUGAAAAUAUUACCAAUAUUGAGCGAUUUAGUGACAACAAAGUUAUCAACAUCGUCAAGACUAUAAGAGAGCCUAAGGAGCCUGCUAAAGUGAAAAUUCCAAACAAAGAACAAUGUAUUUGCGAGCUGUGCACAUGUGGCCGUCAUACUUGUCCCCACAAUCCCGAAGAUUACAAUGAUCAUCUCCAUCUAGACGGGCCUUUCUUAGGUCACCCCAAAGAUGAAUACAAUGCCAUCAGAGGUGAACGUGCACCGAUCAUCAUCCCAAAAGAUAAUUUAAAACCAGAAGGAGAAUUUGAAAAACGACAGCCACAGAAAUGGUUACCGGGCGAAAGGGCACCAGUUGUAAAACCUCAAGAUCAUUUAAAACCUGAAGGUGAAUUCGAAAAAAGACACCCAGAACAAUGGCAACCGGGUGAUCGUGCCCCUGUGAAAAAACCUCAAGACAAUCUUCGCCCAGAAGGAGACUUCGAAAAAAGAAAACCAGAACAGUGGUCGCCUGGUGAAAGGGCACCAGUGAAGAAACCCGAAGAUAACCUCAGACCUGAGGGAGAAUUCGAAAAACGUAAACCUGACGAAUGGCAACCUGGUGAUCGUGCUCCCGUUAAGAAACCCCAAGACAAUCUUCGACCGGAAGGUGAAUUUGAGAAAAGAAAACCGGGACAGUGGGCACCUGGCGAACGGGCACCAGUGAAGAAACCUGAAGAUAACCUUAAACCUGAGGGAGAAUUCGAAAAACGUAAACCCGAUGAAUGGAAACCAGGGGAUAGAGCACCGGUUGUUAAACCUCAAGAUCACUUAAAACCAGAAGGUGAUUUUGAAAAGAGACAACCGCAACCAUGGCAACCUGGUGAUCGUGCUCCGGUCAAGAAACCUCAAGACAAUCUUCGACCGGAAGGAGAUUUCGAAAAACGCAAACCUGAUGAAUGGAAGCCAGGAGAUAGAGCCCCAGUUAAAAAGCCUCAAGAUAAUCUUAAACCGGAAGGAGAUUUUCAGAAACGCAAACCGGAAGAUUGGAGACCUGGUGAACGAGCUCCAGUUAAAAAACCUGAAGAUAAUUUACGCCCGGAAGGGGAAUUUGAGAAACGCACUCCAGAAAAGUGGUCCCCGGGAGAACGAGAACCAGUGAAAAAGCCAAAAGAUAAUCUAAGACCAGAAGGAGAUUUUGAAAUUCCUGAACCAGAACAAUGGAAACCAGCCGAACGACCGAUUGCACGAAAACCUCAGGACAAUUUAAAACCUGAAGGAGACUUUACGGGAACGCGGACCAUUAUUGAUGAUUAUCGCGUUAUAAGAGGAGAACGUGCAGAGAUUAAACGUCACGAAGACAAUAUUACCGUUGGGGGAGAAUUUAUUGACGAAACCACUACCAGAGUUGACUUCAGUGGCGAAUUGGUAGAACGGCCUAGCCCUAUUAGACGCAAUACCUGGACUAAGAUCGAAGGAGACUUUAUUACAGAUACCACUAAUAAAUCAGAAUUUGUUGAUUACAGCACUGUAAUUGAACGUACAACAUUAGUUAAAAAGAGACAAGAUAAUCUAACUGUAGAAGGCGAAAUGGUAUUUGAUACUUCAACUACAACCGAUUACACAGAAAAAGUUCCUGAGGUUCCACAACGACGCCGAAGAACUUGGACUAAAGACGAUGUAGACAAAUUCUAUUCAACGCAAAGUACAGAAGUAACGACAACAACUCAAGAAAAUUAUAAACAAUUCGACGAACAAUACGUCCGUCAAACCGCAAUUAUACACCGAGAUAACCUCAAACCCGAGGGACCAUUCGAGGGUUCUCCUAAAUCUAAAGAAGAUUACAUUCCCAAGCUUACCGAACGACCUAAACCGAAAAAGCCUGAAGACAAUUUGAAACCCGAAGGCGAUUUUGAGAGACCGGAAAAACCAAAAUACAAACCUACAGAACGCCCGAAACCGAAACGACCUGAAGAUAAUCUUCGUCCAGAAGGAGAUUUUGAACGUCCUACGCCAACUAAAGUGACACAAGGAGAACGUAGAAGUCCAAUUAAACACGACGACAAUCUGCGGCCUGAGGGUGAUUUCGAGCGUCCAGAGAGACCAGAGUUUCGUCCGGCGGAACGUCCGAAACAAAAGCGUCCCGAAGAUAACCUAAAGCCUGAAGGUGACUUUGAACGUCCAGAGAAACCCGGUUACCAACCAACAGAAAGACCGAAACAGAAACGUCCUGAAGACAAUCUCCGUCCAGAGGGAGAUUUUGAGCGUCCAGAGAGACCGGAAUAUCGUACGACAGAACGUCCGAAACAAAAACGUCCUCAAGACAAUCUGAAACCAGAAGGUGACUUUGAACGUCCAGAAAAGCCAGGAUACCAACCAGCAGAAAGACCGAAACCAAAACGGCCUGAAGAUAACCUUAGACCUGAAGGAGAUUUUGAACGACCAACUUCAACUAAAGUCGGACCUGGGGAACGUCGGACUCCUAUUAAACACGACGAUAACUUGCGUCCUGAAGGUGAUUUUGAACGACCUGAAAAGCCGAAGUAUCGUCCAGCUGAACGUCCGAAACAAAAGCGUCCUGAGGAUAAUCUGAGACCUGAAGGCGAUUUCGAAAGACCGGAGAAACUGGAAUAUCAGCCAACAGAACGUCCAAAAGCGAAACGUCCUGAAGAUAAUCUAAGACCUGAAGGCGAUUUCGAACGUCCAACUCCAACUAAAAUUGGACCUGGAGAACGUCGAACCCCGAUUAAACAUGACGACAAUUUACGACCUGAGGGUGAUUUUGAACGACCGGAAAAACCCGAAUUUAGACCAGCAGAGCGUCCAAAACAAAAACGUCCUGAAGAUAAUCUUCGACCAGAAGGCGAUUUUGAGAGACCGGAGAAACCCGAGUAUCGAUCGACUGAACGUCCAAAACAAAAACGCCCUGAAGAUAAUCUUCGACCCGAAGGAGAUUUCGAACGUCCAACUCCCACUAAAGUUGGUCCUGGAGAACGUCGAACCCCCAUUAAACCUGAUGACAAUUUACGACCAGAGGGUGAUUUUGAACGACCAGAGAAACCAGGGUACAGGCCAGCCGAGCGUCCAAAACAGAAACGUCCUGAAGAUAAUCUUCGACCGGAGGGUGAUUUUGAACGACCAGAAAGGCCGGAGUUCAAACCUGCAGAACGUCCUAAACAAAAACGUCCUGAAGAUAAUCUUCGACCCGAAGGAGACUUCGAACGUCCAACUCCAACUAAAGUCGGACCUGGGGAACGUAGAACACCUAUUAAACAUGAUGAUAACUUACGACCUGAGGGUGAUUUUGAACGACCAGAAAAACCAGGGUACAGACCAGCUGAGCGUCCAAAACCAAAACGUCCUGAAGAUAAUCUUCGACCAGAAGGAGAAUUCGAACGCCCAACUCCCACCAAAGUGGGUCCUGGUGAACGUCGAACACCGAUUAAACAUGACGAUAACUUGCGUCCUGAAGGUGACUUUGAAAGGCCUGAUAAACCUGAAUAUCGACCAGGGGAACGACCAAAACAGAAACGUCCUGAAGACAAUUUACGACCAGAAGGUGACUUUGAACGACCAGAAAAACCAGGGUUCAGACCAGCCGAGCGUCCAAAACCCAAACGUCCUGAAGAUAAUCUAAAACCUGAAGGCGAUUUCGAACGUCCGACUCCAACUAAAAUUGGUCCUGCGGAACGUCGAACUCCCAUUAAACAUGAUGAUAAUCUGCGACCUGAAGGCGAUUUUGAACGGCCAGAAAAACCGGAAUUUAGACCAGCAGAGCGUCCAAAACAGAAACGUCCUGAAGAUAAUCUUCGACCCGAAGGAGAUUUCGAACGUCCAACUCCAACUAAAGUCGGACCUGGGGAACGUAGAACACCUAUCAAACAUGAUGAUAACUUACGGCCUGAGGGUGAUUUUGAACGACCAGAAAAACCAGGGUACAGACCAGCGGAACGUCCGAAACCAAAACGUCCUGAAGAUAAUCUUCGACCAGAAGGAGAAUUCGAACGCCCGACUCCGACCAAAGUUGGACCUGGUGAACGCCGAACACCGAUUAAGCAUGACGAUAACUUACGUCCUGAAGGUGACUUUGAAAGACCUGAUAAACCUGGAUAUCGGCCAGCAGAACGUCCAAAAGCAAAACGCCCCGAAGACAAUCUUCGACCAGAAGGAGAAUUCGAACGCCCAACUCCUACCAAAGUUGGACCUGCGGAACGUAGAACACCUAUCAAACAUGACGAUAACUUACGUCCUGAGGGUGAUUUUGAACGACCAGAAAAACCAGGGUACAGACCAGCAGAACGUCCGAAACCAAAACGUCCUGAAGAUAAUCUUCGACCCGAAGGAGAAUUCGAACGCCCAACUCCUACCAAAGUCGGACCUGGUGAACGUCGAACGCCUAUCAAACGUGAUGAUAAUUUACGUCCUGAAGGUGACUUUGAAAGGCCUGAUAAACCCGAAUAUCGACCAGGGGAACGUCCGAAACAGAAACGUCCUGAAGACAAUCUUCGACCAGAAGGUGAUUUUGAACGCCCGACUCCAACCAAAGUUGGUCCUGCUGAACGUCGAAGUCCUAUUAAGCAUGAUGAUAAUUUACGACCGGAGGGUGACUUUGAACGACCGGAAAGACCAGAAUUUAGGCCAGCAGAACGUCCGAAACAGAAGCGUCCUGAAGAUAAUCUUCGCCCCGAGGGUGAAUUUGAACGUCCAACUCCUACCAAGGUCGGACCUGGGGAACGUCGAACACCGAUUAAGCAUGACGAUAACUUGCGACCUGAAGGUGACUUUGACAGGCCUGAUAAACCUGAAUAUAGACCAGGGGAACGUCCGAAACAGAAACGUCCUGAAGACAAUCUUCGACCAGAGGGUGAUUUUGAACGCCCGACUCCAACCAAAGUUGGUCCUGCUGAACGUCGAAGUCCUAUUAAACAUGAUGAUAAUUUACGACCUGAGGGCGACUUUGAACGACCGGAAAGAACUGAAUUUAGGCCAGCAGAACGUCCGAAACAGAAGCGUCCUGAAGAUAAUCUUCGACCCGAGGGAGAAUUUGAACGUCCAACUCCAACCAAAGUAGGUCCUGCGGAACGUAGAACACCGAUUAAGCAUGACGAUAACUUACGUCCUGAAGGUGACUUUGAAAGACCUGAUAAACCGGGAUAUCGGCCAGCGGAACGUCCAAAACCAAAACGCCCCGAAGACAAUCUUCGACCAGAAGGAGAAUUUGAACGCCCGACUCCAACUAAAGUCGGACCUGCGGAACGUCGAACACCGAUUAAGCAUGACGAUAACUUACGUCCUGAAGGUGACUUCGACAGGCCUGAUAAACCUGAAUAUCGACCAGGGGAACGUCCGAAACAGAAGCGUCCUGAAGACAAUCUUCGACCAGAAGGUGAUUUUGAACGCCCGACCCCAACUAAAGUCGGACCUGCGGAACGUAGACAACCUAUCAAACAUGAUGAUAACUUACGUCCUGAAGGUGACUUCGAAAGGCCUGAUAAACCUGAAUAUCGACCAGGGGAACGUCCGAAACAGAAACGUCCCGAAGACAAUCUUCGACCCGAGGGUGAAUUUGAACGUCCAACUCCAACUAAAGUAGGUCCUGCUGAACGUCGAACGCCUAUCAAACACGACGAUAAUUUACGUCCUGAAGGUGACUUUGAAAGACCCGACAAACCUGGAUAUAGGCCAGCAGAACGUCCAAAGCAAAAACGUCCUGAAGACAAUCUUCGACCAGAAGGUGAUUUUGAACGCCCGACUCCAACUAAAGUCGGACCUGCGGAACGUAGAACACCGAUUAAGCAUGACGAUAACUUACGUCCUGAAGGCGACUUCGACAGGCCUGAUAAACCUGAAUAUCGACCCGGGGAACGUCCAAAACAAAAGCGCCCCGAAGACAAUCUUCGACCCGAAGGAGAAUUCGAACGUCCGACUCCCACGAAAGUCGGCCCUGCCGAACGUCGAACCCCCAUCAAACACGACGACAAUUUACGACCAGAGGGUGAUUUUGAACGACCAGAAAAACCAGGGUUCAGACCAGCCGAGCGUCCGAAACCAAAACGUCCUGAAGAUAAUCUUCGACCCGAGGGUGAAUUCGAACGUCCAAGUCCCACUAAAGUCGGUCCCGCUGAACGUCGAACACCUAUCAAACACGACGAUAACUUACGUCCCGAAGGCGACUUUGAAAGACCCGAUAAACCUGGAUAUCGCCCAGCAGAACGUCCAAAACAAAAACGUCCAGAAGACAAUCUGCGACCAGAAGGUGAUUUUGAGCGCCCGACUCCCACUAAAGUCGGACCUGCGGAACGUAGAACACCUAUCAAACACGACGACAACUUACGACCUGAAGGCGACUUCGAAAGACCCGAUAAACCUGGAUAUCAGCCAGCGGAACGUCCAAAACAGAAACGUCCCGAAGAUAAUCUUCGUCCAGAAGGAGAUUUCGAACGUCCAAGUCCCACUAAAGUCGGACCUGCGGAACGUAGAACACCAAUCAAACACGACGAUAAUUUACGACCAGAGGGUGAUUUUGAGCGUCCCGACAAACCCGGCUAUCGCCCUGGAGAAAGACCGCAACCAAAACGACCCGAGGAUAACCUUAAACCCGAAGGCGAAUUCGAGCGACCUACACCUACGAAAAUCGGACCAGCAGAACGCAGAAGUCCCAUUAAACACGAUGAUAACUUGCGUCCUGAAGGUGAAUUUGAUCGUCCGCACAAACCCGGGUAUCAACCAGCGGAACGUCCGAAACAAAAACGUCCAGAGGAUAAUCUUCGACCCGAAGGAGAAUUCGAAAGACCUGAGCUUAAGGAAGUGGGACCUUGCGAAAUACGACGACCUUACAGACACGAAGAUAAUUUGAAACAAGAAGGUGAGCUUAUCAUUACUCGUAAGGAUGACUAUCAGGUUACAAGAGGAGAACGACUUGAUGUAAUUAAACGCGAAGAUAAUUUGCGCUUGGAGGGAGAAUGGGACAUCCGACGCAGGGAUGAUUUCGGUCGAACGGUAGUCGUUGAUCGUGUGGAUGUGGUAAAGCACGAAGACAAUCUAAGAAUGGAAGGAGAGUUCACCGAUGUACGGACUAGAGAUGAUUUCAAAUUUGUUAAAGGGGAUCGAUAUGAAACUAUUAUUCGUAAAGAUACUCUGAAGACAGAGGGCGAGUUCAUAGAUACUAAAACCAGCGACGCGUAUUCUGUUACCAGAGGUGAACGUGCUGAGAUUGUUACUCGACAAGAUAACUUGAGAAUGGAGGGCGAGUUUAACGAAUAUCGAAAACGGGAUGAAUAUAAUACGCGGGUUAUUGAAAGAACUGAAGUUAUUCGACAUGAAGAUAACUUGAAACUGGAGGGCGAUUUCGAAAGACCGACUCCUACGAAAAUCGGGCCUGGUGAACGUCGCACACCGAUACGACACGACGAUAAUUUGCAUCCCGAGGGAGAUUUUGAUCGACCAGAUCGGCCACAAUAUCAACCAGGUGAUAGGCCAACCCCUAAAAAGCCGCAGGAUAAUCUUAAACCUGAAGGUGAUUUCGAGACUCCAACUAGACCGGGUUAUAGACCAGGAGAACGUCGCACGCCGAUACGUCACGAAGACAAUUUACAUCCUGAAGGAGAUUUUGAGCGUCCCGAACGACCCAAAUAUCACCCAGGUGAUAGACCAUCACCUAAAAAGCCACAAGAUAAUCUUAAACCUGAAGGUGAUUUCGAGACUCCAACUAGACCUGGGUAUAGACCUGGAGAACGUCGCACACCGAUACGACACGAAGAUAAUCUACACCCCGAGGGUGGGUUUGACCGUCCACAAAAAUCGAAGUUCCAACCAGGUGAACGCCCAGUUGCCAAGAAACCCCAAGAUAACUUAAAAACCGAAGGCGACUUCGUCCGUCCCAAGGUGUCUGAAGUUGGACCUGGCGAAAGACGUAGUCCUAUAAGACAACAGGAUAAUCUUAGACCGGAAGGCGAUUUUGUUAGACCCGAAAAAUCGCAAUAUGCACCUGGAGAACGACCUUCACCUACCAAGCCUCAAGACAACUUGAGACCUGAAGGUGAAUUUGUGAAACGUACACCUGGAACUGUGGGACCUGGUGAGCGCCGAUCACCAAUUAGACAUGACGAUAACUUGCACCCAGAAGGAGAUUUUGAGCGUCCGGAAAAACCUAAAUACGCCCCGGGUGAGAGACCUUCACCGAAAAAACCACACGAUAAUUUACGACCAGAAGGUGAUUUUGAAACACCUACGAAACCUAAAUAUCAACCAGGUGAAAGAGCCCCGGUUGUUAAACAUCCUGAUAAUCUCAAACCCGAGGGACAAUUCACUGGUACUCCUAAAAGUAAAGACGAUUUUAAACCAACUCGAGGCGAACAUGCUCCUGUUAAGCGACCUCAAGACAAUUUGAAAAUUACAGGAGAUUUCCAGGAUACGACGAUACAAAAGUCUGAGUUUGUUGUCACACGAGGAGAAAGAGCUGAAAUUAGAAAACACGAAGACUCGUUAAGAGUUGGCGAAGGUAAAACCGAAUACAUAACUACAACGAAACAAACCUUUGAAACGACUCCCAAGAAGUCACCAGUGGGUGGUCCAGGAGGACAUGCAGUUAUUAAUAAACGGCGCCAUCAAGAGUCGCACUUCACUCUUGGUAAUGACACAACGGUAAUGCAAACCACCAACCAAAGCAACUAUAACACUUACACAAGAAAAGUCGACCGCGUCGAUCGCAAAGAAAUUGUUGAUAAUAGGAAUGUUAAAACGACUGCUAAUAAAACCUCGAAUGUGACUACAGACACUAAGACGUUAGCUGAUGGUACUAUAGUUACUACAACCCGAACAACUACCAAGACCACAACAGGAGCACAAAAAACUGAACAAGGUGCGACACACAAUCAAGUUCAACAACAACAACAACAACAACGUCAAGAAAUUACAGCAGCUAACCAAGAAAUACGAAAAUCGUCGUCGCAAACGCGCGUUCAUCACACGAAUCACCAUACUGAAAGUCACGUAGUGGAUAACGCGCGACAUGAAUCCAGCACUAAUAUCAACCAAGUGACAAGUCGCCAAGAAGUAGCUAACAAACAACAUACAGAAAAACACAUCUCACAAUCGACACACCACCGUAAAAACGUGAUGACGUCAGCGGAAGAAAUCAACAACCAAAUUCUGCAUCGCAAAGGUUUGCAUACCUCGACGGAAGCGCUUCAUGCGACGAGUUCGGCAGCUUUAGAUAUGAGAAAAUCCAUCUGCAACCUUCAUGAUCAAGGCUACGUGUCGCAAAAUACUGAUCGUCGCAGUCUAAGUUCCAUCCACAGAUCGACUCAAGAAAAUAAUAUUAUCAAUCGACGUAAUCAACAAUCGUCAACUUCAUAUCAUGUCGUGGAAAGGCCACAGAAAAUUAUUAGGAAAGAUAAUCUUUCGGUAGGGGGACACUUUUAUGGUCAGUCGGAAGCGAGAUCCUACGGGGAAUUUACAAAAGAGCAGAAUGUUCAAAGAGUUGAAAGGGUUACAAGACGGUCGAAUAUAUCGAAUAUCAGUUUGGGUGAUAGCAAGUCGACUAUAGUUACAUCGUACAAGAAGGAAUAUAUGCCGCGGAACGUUGGCCCGUGUCCUGCAGUUCUGAUUGACUUGCCAAAAGGACCGUUCAAACAUACCAGAGAUACCAAGUCUCACAAAUUCUACGCACCGGUUUCUGGCAAAUCCGGGUCUUAAAUAACAUUUAUCAUUCCAACCUACAUAUGGACUGUUACGAACUAACAUUCUAACAUUGUGAUAUUGUUAUUGUUAUUAAUUAUCAUAAUUUUAUUAAUAUUAUAUAUUUUUAUAGAUGGCAGAGGUAAACAACAACAAUUAUACACAUAUAUAUAUUUUUGCUUAGGACUGGGUUUUAUAUUUCGCUUGGGAUUUUUUUCAAUCUAAUACUUGCCUUAUAUUAUACCUAUUUUUUUAUACGAGAAGCUUGUGAAAGCUUGUAAGAGUAUAAAACCCAAUAAAAAUUAUGAUUAUUUGAAAUAUUAUUUGCUUUUGUUUACGACUUUCCGUUAGCUCGCCGAUUUUACCUUAGUUUUUUUUUGAGUAACUGGCACAUUUCGUUUUAUUUGAAGCUUUAAAUGAAAAUAUAAAAUAACGCUCACCGAGAUAAAUUCGUAGUCACCGCCAGUGAUUGAAGCUCCAAAUUCGUUUCACGUGAUGUUGGUGAAUCGAAUUUUUGGAGCUGAUUGUUCUAUUUGUAUCCAGCACCGGUAGAUAAGCUAUAACUUAUCUAUUUUGAGUGCGAAGAAGUUGUGAAUAAUUCAAAUAAAUAUUUUAUUAUAAA